AUUCUUUUAGAAAAGUGGUGUUGUCUUGAUAAAAUCAGAAGGCCAUUGUGUCUCAUAGCACUUGUCCUUCACCUUUGUCCCUGCCCUGGAAGUCACUCCCCUGCAUGUGUUUUCUUGAGACAUGGGCUUUUUGCAGACGGUCCCUCCCCUGACUUGCACAAUCUUACAUGAUAUAUUCAUAUAAAACAACCCAGUCUUGCCUUUCUUCUCAACAAGUCAGGCACUUAUUUUUUGGAUUCUUGUUUGUUGCAUUCUUUCUCUAGGGUUUUCAACUCCUCUUUAUGAUUUUUUUUUUUUUUUUUUGCUCUGGAUGAACUGUCCUCAAGCCUCUGAUCUUCUGCUCUGGCCAAAGUACAAUCCUUUCAUAGACCCCACCCAAAAGCUUUGUUUUUGAUCAAAAGCAAAAGCAGAAAGUCUCGACCUUUUGCUUCCCUAAGAUUAGUUUUUAGGGUUUUCUUGAUGGCUUUCUUCUUUGCGCCAAAUCAGAAUCCUUCUUUUUGAUCAUUUCUUGUUCGAGGGUUAUCCCAAUCUUGAGGUACUUCUUUACAAGAUCCUUUCCUUGGAAGACCCAGAUGGCAAUCAUUACUUACAAAGCAUAAUUUUGUUUGAAGGCAGCGUUGUUGAGGUCUUCUGCUUCUAGUAUUCGUUGAUCCUAUGAAAAAAUUCUCGUGUGAAAUCCGACAUGCAGAAUCUGCGGAGAACCUAUUUGAUCAUUUUCCGCAGAGAAUUUCAUUUCUGUGAAGGUUCGGUUCGCAAACUCUGUUUCUCGUAGGAGGAAGUAUUCAAUUUCAUUGAGUAGGCGGCUCGUAUUGUGUUCAAAUAUGGGCUGUAUUCAUGCCAAGUGUUGCGGCAAAUACCCAAAAUCUUCAGACGAUGACAACAGAGACCAUCAAGAUUUAGGUCCAUAUACUAGCCAUGGAACACACAUUCUUGCAAAUAGGACAUUAGAUUUUGUUCUUGUCCCUGCCCACAACUUCAGGUUGGAGUAUUCAGUCCUCUCCCAAAGAGGGUACUACCCAGAGUCCCCUGAUAAAGAAAAUCAAGAUAGUUUCUGCAUCAAAACGCAGAUUCAAGGUAACCCAAAUGUUCAUUUUUUUGGUGUGUUUGAUGGGCACGGCCAGUUUGGUACGCAGUGUUCGGAUUUCGUUAAGAGUAGGUUAGUUGAAAUUCUAUCUGAUGAUCAUACAUUGUUAGAUGAUCCUGUUAAGGCUUAUAAUUCUGCGUUUUUAGCAACGAAUGAGGAACUGCACAACAGUAGAGAUGUAGAUGAUUCAAUGAGUGGUACCACGGCUAUUACUGUCCUUGCUAUUGGGGAUGCACUUUAUGUGGCUAAUGUGGGUGAUUCAAGAGCUGUGAUUGCCUUUAAGGAUGGGGAUCAACUUCGCGCUGAGGAUUUAUCUCAUGAUCAGACACCUUUCCGGAAGGAUGAAUAUGAGAGGGUGAAGCUUUGUGGGGCUAGGGUUUUGAGUGUUGAUCAAGUAGAAGGGCUUAAGGAUCCAGGGAUUCAAACAUGGGGUGAUGAAGAGACAGAAGGCAGUGAUCCACCAAGGUUGUGGGUUCAAGAUGGGAUGUACCCUGGGACUGCAUUUACACGAAGUGUAGGGGAUAGUACUGCAGAAAAGAUCGGUGUGAUUGCUGAACCAGAGGUUUCAAUGUUUCAGCUUACACCCAAUCAUCCAUUCUUUGUAGUUGCAAGCGAUGGUGUCUUUGAGUUCCUCCCAAGCCAAACUGUUGUGGAAAUGGUUGCAAGAUAUGCAGAUCCUCGAGAUGCAUGUUCUGCUAUUGCUGCAGAAUCAUACAGACUAUGGUUGGAGCACGAAAGUCGGACAGAUGAUAUAACAAUCAUCAUUGUACACAUUAACAAAUUAUCUAAUUCAGGUACCAAUGACAUCAAAUUGAUAAGUGGAACUAACAUCCAGCCAACUGCACUGGCAAUGGGGAAGGGAAGUCCCGAUACAUUUGUUAUCACUCCAGGGUCAGGAUCUUAUUGUUCUGUAAGAAGUGAUUUCUCUGGUUGGCAACAUAGUCAACAUGUUUCAACAGAUCGAAGCCCAGCACUGGUUGUCCCAACUCCUUUACUUCCUGAACCUUCGUGAUUGAACCAACGAAAGGCAUGGAAAAUUUCUUCCAUCAACCUGUUUCAUUGCCUUGAAAUGGUACUUACCUCCCCUAAUUUUAUGUUUAUUUUGAAAGAGAGUUUUGUAGUAAGGUUGCAUAUAAAAUGACCCUUUCCGAACUCUUGCAAAGUGGGCAGGGGGAGCCUUGUGCACCGGGGAUGCCCCAUUUUUUCUGUAAGGAAAUCAGUGGGCAAGUGUAUCCAAGGAGAACUGCACCUUAAUUAUCUCAUAUUGAUCGAUUGCACCCCCAAAUAAAGUAAUUGUCUCUAUGGUUGCUCAUUAAUUUUCUGGCAAAAUAAAUGUAUUUAUGGCAGGUAACUAGUGAUCAAGAACUGGUGUUAAGCUUUUGAGGCUGAUGCUAUUUGGUCUGCUCGUACAAUAUCUUUACAUACCAUUUUGCGGUACUCUCACCUGCUGGUAACACUGACUGAUAUUUGCACAAAAUGGCUGUGUCACUCUGUUGCAGCCAUGUAGAAGAAGUUAGCAAUUCUUGGGGAGAUCUUAGUAGUAAAUUUAGUGUCAAAUUAUUGUGGUGGUGAUGUAAAUGAGAGGACGGGUAGAUCAAACUGAUUUUAGCAUUAGAAUUUUAGCUGUAAUGACUGCCAUCUAUAUGCUUUUAAAUGCUGGCAACUCAACUCAAUGCAUCUACUUCAGCUUA